AAAGUGCUGAGUCUCAGCCCGUUCGAUUCUUCUUUCGAACCUCAAUUCAUCAUGGCCAAGAAGACCGCCAUCGGCAUUGACUUGGGUACAACAUACAGCUGUGUGGGCGUAUGGAAGAAUGAUGGUGUGGAGAUUAUCGCCAAUGAUCAGGGCAACAGAACCACUCCAUCCUAUGUUGGAUUCACGGACACAGAGCGCUUGAUUGGUGAUGCAGCCAAGAAUCAGGUGGCCCGAAAUCCGGAGAACACAGUGUUUGAUGCCAAGCGCUUGAUCGGCCGCAAGUUUGCAGAUCCCGUCGUGCAGGCUGACAUCAAAUUGUGGCCAUUUAAGGUUGAGAGUGGCCAGGGCGACAAGCCGAUCAUUGUCGUCAACGCUCAGGGAGAGCAGAAGAAAUUUCACCCCGAAGAAAUUUCCUCAAUGGUCUUGCUCAAGAUGAAGGAGACAGCGGAGGCUUAUUUGGGCACCAAGGUGAAUGAUGCAGUUGUGACAGUGCCAGCAUAUUUCAACGACUCUCAGCGCCAGGCCACCAAAGAUGCAGGGACCAUUUCUGGUAUGAAUGUGCUGCGUAUCAUCAAUGAGCCUACUGCUGCAGCCAUUGCAUAUGGCCUUGACAAGAAAGGUGCAGGCGAACGCAAUGUGUUGAUCUUUGACAUGGGCGGAGGCACGUUCGACGUGUCCCUCCUAACUAUUGAGGAUAGUAUUUUUGAGGUGAAGGCCACUGCGGGCGACACCCACUUGGGUGGUGAGGACUUUGACAACCGAAUCGUCGACUUCUGCAUUCAGGACUUCAAGCGCAAGAAUCGGAACAAGGAUAUGUCAGGGAACCAGCGUGCCAUCCGACGCUUGCGGACGCAGUGCGAGCGUGCCAAGCGCACGUUGUCUUCUUCUACUCAGGCGAUGAUUGAGAUCGAUUCUCUGUUUGAAGGAAUUGACUAUUCCUGCAAUUUGUCCAGGGCUCGUUUUGAGGAGCUAUGCAUGGAUUAUUUCCGGAACUCGAUAGGCCCCGUGGAGAAGUGCCUCAAGGAUUCUGGAAUUGACAAGAAGAGUGUCCACGAUGUGGUGCUCGUGGGUGGUUCCACUCGCAUCCCCAAGGUGCAGUCCAUGAUUCAGGAGUUCUUUAAUGGUAAGGAGCCCAACAAGUCCAUCAAUCCAGAUGAGGCCGUGGCAUAUGGAGCAGCAGUGCAAGCGGCCAUUCUUUCGGGUGAGAGCUCUUCCGCUGUCCAAGACCUCUUGUUGUUGGAUGUGACUCCUUUGUCCACGGGCCUGGAGACGGCAGGUGGCGUGAUGACCAAGCUCAUCGAAAGAAAUACGACGAUCCCCACAAAAAAGGCACAGACGUUCACAACUUAUGCAGAUAACCAGCCAGGUGUAUUGAUCCAAGUCUUUGAGGGUGAGCGAACCAUGACCAAGGACAACAACCUGCUUGGUAAGUUCAACUUGGAUGGCAUUCCUCCAGCCCCUCGUGGUGUGCCACAGAUUGAGGUUACCUUUGACAUUGAUGCCAAUGGCAUUUUGAAUGUGAGUGCCUCUGACAAGUCUACUCGCAAGUCGAACCAGAUAACGAUCACCAACGAGAAAGGGCGACUGUCACAGUCUGAAAUUGAUCGCAUGGUCCAGGAGGCUGAGAAAUUCAGAGUGGAGGAUGAGCAAAACAAGCAGAAGAUCGAGGCAAAGAAUGGCUUGGAGAACUACUGCUUCAGCAUGCGCAAUACACUCAAUGAGGAGAAGCUCAAGGAAAAGUUUGAGACUGUUGACAAGGGGAGGAUUGAAUCGGCCGUGCAAGAGACCUUGGACUGGCUGGACAAGAAUCAGCUUGCCGAGAAGGAUGAGUUUGAGGCCAAGCAGAAGGAACUUGAGGCCAUCGUGAAUCCGAUCAUGAUGAAGGUCUACCAAGCUGCCGGCGGCGACGGUGGAAUGCCAGGCGGCAUGGGCACACCUGGCGCGCCUAGCGCUCCCGGCAAUGGCCCCACGGUUGAGGAGGUAGACUGAGACCAGCGACUGUAGCGACCACUUUUGGCCGACGUGGAGUCCUGAAUUCGAUUUACUGUAUACUUGAUAGUACUUGAUAGUACUUGAGCGGCUUUGCCCACAGACCAGUUGUACAGGGAACAGGUG